AUGAAUUCCAGCCUGGGAGAUCUGGAUGCUACAGAGAAUUAUUAUCGGUAUAAUAAUACCAGUGAGAUCACAGAACAGCUCACCCUUUCUGUAGAAGAGAUUGUUUGGACAGGCAUCACUUUAACAGUCUGCUGUGUUGGAUUUGUGGGCAAUGGCUACAUCAUCUGGCUACUUGGCUUCCAGAUGAAGAGAAACUGUUUCACCACAUUCCUCCUUAACUUGGCCAUCACAGACUUUGGGUUCCUCACAUGUGUAGUUAUAACUUUAAUCUGUAAAUUAACCAACUUGCUAGGAAGCAUUCUCAACUUGAUCUGUAUUUCUUUCUCCCAAAUAUUGUACAUCAAUGCUCACUUUCUUAUGACGGCCAUCAGCAUUGACCGAUGUGUGGCUGUCCUCUUCCCAAUCUGGCAUCGCUGUUCCCGGCCAAAACAUUUGUCCCCUGCUGUCUGUGUCUUUCUCUGGAUUGCCUCUUUCCUCCUUGCUGGAAUUGUGAAUAUUAUGUUGUUCACAAAAAUCAUUGUGAAUGAGAGAUUCUUCAGUCUUCAUUUCCUUGUGACUGCUAUGGUUUGCCUUCCACUGAUCACUCUCUCUACUGUGGUCCUUUUCAUUAAAGUAUGUCUUAAAUCGAAUCAGAAGAAUCAGGGUCGGCUUUUACUGAUGAUUUUAAUCACUCUUCUCUGUUUCCUCAUCCUUGCUUUUCCAUUAUCAAUCAUUGUAAUGAUUUUUUGUUUUUCUAGUUCUGAGCGUUCUGAAGCUCAGAAAGAACUGAGAUAUUUGAUUAUGCUGAGUUUAAUGCUUUCUUGUCUAAACAGCAGCAUUAAUCCAGUGAUCUAUUUUCUAGUUGGGAGGAAAAAAGGAGCUCAGUCCAAGGAGAGCAUGAAGGUCCUUUUGCAAAAUGCCUUCAAAGAAGGUGAAGUUGGCCAGAGGGAGAUAGAAGAGGUCAAAUCCUCUCACAAGGCCUUUGUGCUACUUUCUGAGUAG